AUGGAUAAGAGCUCGUGGGAGACUCGAGCAGCAGCCAAGCGCGCCGCCACCCUAGACAAGAUUCCUUCAGAAUGGAGAUUAUCCUCUGAGGACAUCGAACGAGCUCAAAGCCAACGCGACAUCACAGGACCUUUUAUUGAGCAGUUCCUUGACGAAGAAACAGUUUCUAUCACAUCAUUAAAGACUGUUGAGAUUUUAAAUGCUGUAUCGGAACGAGAACUCACAGCCACCAAGAAUAAUUGUCUUCACGAAAUCAUCUUUGAUCAAGCAUUGGAACGCGCCCAGUUCCUGGACGAUUACUUUACCAAACAUGGAAAGACGCUCGGACCACUUCAUGGUCUGCCUGUCAGUCUCAAAGACCAAUUCCACGUGAAAGGUGUCGAUACAACAAUGGGUUACGUUGGUUGGGUAGACGGCAAUCUAGGUAUUGACUCUAAUAAGUCUCACACGAUAGAAAGCCAGAUUGUCAGCGAGCUACUCUCCCUUGGAGCCGUGCUAUACUGCAAGACAAGCCUACCCCAAACCCUUCUCUUCGGCGAGACAAAAAACAACAUCAUCGGCCAGACCCUAAACCCAAUAAAUCAGAACUUAUCUUGCGGUGGCUCGUCAGGUGGUGAAGCAGCGCUGAUGGCAUUGGGCGGAAGUUGCAUUGGCGUAGGGACAGAUAUCGGUGGGUCGCUGCGAAUACCAGCUGGUUUUUGCGGAAUCUUUUCGAUAAAGCCGACGUCAAAUCGACUAAGCUAUCGGGACGUUGCGAAUACGAAUCCCGGGCAGGAUACAUAUCGAUCUACGAUUGGAUUUAUGGGCACGUCGAUUGAUGCACUGGAGGUGGUGUUUAAGGCUGUUCUUAUGACGGAACCUUGGAUGAAAGACCCAGCUGUUAUACCGAUUCCGUUUCGAAAAGACGUCACCGAGUCGUAUCGGAGACGAGCGGAUGAGAAAGGAAAUGCCAAGUUUGGGGAGAGGCCACUGAAAAUGGGCGUGCUUUGGUGUGAUGGGAUGGUCGGACUACAUCCGCCUGUUCUUCGUGGGCUGGAGGUAGUGGUUGAGGCGCUGAAGAAGGCUGGACACAAGGUAUGCGCCAACGAGUGA